UGGUUCAGCUUCCUUGCUCCCGAGACUUUUCUAUUUUGGUUCCCUGUGUCAUGUGAUCCCUCCAGCCAGUGGGAGCCCCGCAGAGGGAAUGGCAACCGCCUGCUGGGAUCAAUGUGGACUGCCAGCUGCCGAUCUUGCUGUUGACAGUAAAAGCAGAUAUGUCCGUUGCUCACUGCCACUAGCACUGACCAUGACCCUUCACACCAAAACCUCUGGAGUUACCCUGCUGCACCAGAUUCAAGGCACUGAACUGGAGACACUGGGCAGACCUCAGCUGAAGAUUCCCCUGGAAAGAUCGCUCAGCGACAUGUACGUGGAGAGCAACAAGACAGGAGUUUUUAACUACCCAGAAGGGGCCACUUACGAUUUUGGUACUACGGCUCCAGUGUACAGCUCUACUACUCUCAGUUAUGCCCCCACUUCUGAAUCUUUUGGGUCCAGCAGUCUGGCAGGAUUUCACUCUCUGAACAAUGUCCCACCAAGCCCGGUGGUGUUCUUGCAAACGGCGCCCCAGCUUUCACCCUUCAUCCAUCAUCACAGCCAACAGGUACCCUACUACCUUGAAAACGAACAGGGCAGUUUUGGGAUGAGGGAAGCUGCUCCUCCAGCCUUCUACAGGCCAAGCUCUGAUAACAGGCGCCACAGCAUCCGGGAGAGGAUGUCCAGUACCAACGAGAAAGGGAGCCUGUCCAUGGAGUCCACCAAGGAGACGCGGUACUGUGCUGUCUGCAACGACUACGCUUCAGGCUACCAUUAUGGGGUCUGGUCUUGUGAGGGCUGCAAAGCUUUUUUCAAAAGGAGUAUUCAAGGGCAUAAUGACUACAUGUGUCCUGCUACCAACCAGUGCACCAUCGACAAGAACAGAAGAAAGAGUUGCCAGGCUUGCCGACUAAGAAAAUGCUAUGAAGUGGGAAUGAUGAAAGGUGGAAUCCGGAAAGAUCGCAGAGGUGGGCGAAUGAUGAAACAAAAACGUCAAAGAGAGGAGCAGGAUUCCAGGAAUGGGGAGGCUUCUUCUACGGAGCUGCGAGCUCCCACCAUUUGGACAAGUCCACUGGUGGUCAAACAUAACAAGAAGAACAGUCCAGCCCUGUCCCUGACGGCAGAACAGAUGGUCAGUGCCUUGCUGGAAGCUGAGCCACCCAUAGUUUAUUCUGAAUAUGACCCAAAUAGACCAUUCAACGAAGCUUCUAUGAUGACCCUGUUGACCAACCUUGCAGACAGAGAAUUAGUGCACAUGAUCAACUGGGCAAAGAGAGUUCCAGGAUUUGUGGAUUUAACACUCCAUGAUCAGGUCCAUCUACUGGAAUGUGCUUGGUUAGAGAUACUGAUGAUCGGCUUAGUUUGGCGCUCCAUGGAACACCCAGGAAAACUUUUAUUUGCACCCAACCUGUUACUGGACAGGAAUCAAGGGAAAUGCGUAGAAGGCAUGGUGGAAAUCUUUGACAUGCUGCUGGCUACUGCUGCUCGGUUUCGCAUGAUGAACCUUCAAGGAGAGGAAUUUGUGUGCCUUAAGUCCAUCAUCCUGCUCAAUUCUGGUGUGUACACUUUUCUUUCCAGCACCUUAAAAUCCCUGGAAGAGAGAGACUAUAUUCACCGUGUUCUGGACAAAAUCACAGACACUCUGAUACACUUAAUGGCUAAGUCAGGUCUUUCUCUGCAGCAGCAACACAGACGACUGGCUCAGCUCCUCCUCAUCCUCUCUCACAUCAGACACAUGAGCAACAAAGGAAUGGAGCACCUGUACAAUAUGAAGUGCAAAAAUGUAGUUCCACUCUAUGAUCUCUUGCUGGAGAUGCUGGACGCUCACCGACUGCACGCCCCAGCAGCCAGGAGUGCUGCACCCACGGAAGAGGAGAACCGGAGCCAACUGACAACUGCAUCAGCUUCAUCUCAUUCCUUGCAGUCCUUUUAUAUAAAUAGCAAAGAAGAGGAGAAUAUGCAGAAUACAAUAUAAACAAAAGUCAACAUAUACAAUGGUAUGAGAAACCCAGCAGCGUACUACUUAGCUCAUGCUUCAUUUCUUCUAUAGUGCCACCCGUGUAAACACUCCAAUGACAAAAGUCACCUGCAAUUUCCAUUUGAGUGUUUGUAAAGUGCUUGCCUGAAUUGAUUGCUUAUCCUAAACAGAAGACAUUUCAUUGCUAUGGACAGCCAGCAAGGAUUGUCAGGCUAACUUGAUUUAAAUUUUGCAGUGUUUUUAAUUUAAUUUUGCAUGUAAAUUGGGUAAGUCCUAAUCUAAACUGAAUGUUUAUUUUGCUAUCUAUUAAUAGGCCAUACACCCAUGUGUAUUGACUUCUUCAUGAGUGGUAGUCUGUGCUGAUACCUGCCCCAAAUUCUGAGCUUGCUUAAUCCUUUACUUGCUUGAAACUUUGAAGCAGUUUCCGACCAAAAGAGAUUCUGGAUGACUUUUUUGGGGGUUAAAUGGAAAGUUCGUUGGCAUCCUAGUGAAACUGAACUGCUAGUGACUGUCUUGGGAGUUUAGAUUCCUGCCUCUCUUCUUCCUACAGUAGAAAGGAACUCCUGUCUGUAAACAAUACUGGUUUACCUUGCUGGCUUACAUCACCAAACAACUCCCUCUCAUGACCAAACUUUCAGGCCUCCUUACCAUAUCCUCUAGCCAAAUGGCAUUGUGUGUAUCUUGUCUGAUCCUACAAAAUUAAAUUGUUCUGUUGCCUGGCAGCGUGUAAAUCAAGGGCAACACAACAAACAGUGAUAACAUAGACAAUUACUCUUAAAUGAGACUAGAUGAUUACAAAAAUCAUCAGGUCUUAAAAAACAAAAAAGAAAAAAAAAAGAAAAAAGUCUUCACACAUGUAUAUCAUCCAGCACUCUUUUAUUAAAAAAUCUCCCCCUGUCCUUUGCUUGUGCUACAAGCCAGGGGGGUGAGGAUGCCUGUGCAAGACUGGCACAGCAGGGUGGGAUGGGCCUGUCCCACUUGGUAGAGCAUGGCCUGGCCUAGCAUGGGAGGGCUGGCAGCACAGCCAGAGCAGGAGGCUUUGCAGUGCCUUGGCUUGCUUUGGCUCUUGUUGGGGCAUGCUCAGAAACCCCUGUUAAGAGCCAGCUCACCUGUGUCACCAGAACUGGCCAAUGAGCCUCAGAUAUGGUGAAGACUCUGGGACUGCAUGUCCAGGAAGAUAAAUCUGGCUUUCUCCAUGCAUGUGUAUAACUGUUUUUCAUAAGCAUUAGUCAGAUUCUUCAGACCAACUGUAAAUAUACAAAAGGUCCACCGACAUCAAGAGUUUCAGCAAGACAUGAAGGAGAGAGACUGAAGAAUUCCAUACUAUGUGCUCUUCAAAGUAGGAGUUGGUGCUGCUGUUCAACUACUUCUAUGCUAGAAAAUUAAAUGUGUCAGGGAACGUUGCUGGGUACUGGACUGUGACUAUUACAUAUGCUGGGGAUAUUUUAUUAGUCUAAUGAUAAACUUUGCCUGUGCUAUCUGCACUUCUGGUUUCCAGGUGCAGUUUUGGUGUUAGCACAGACCAGGGACUGUUCCAAUAGCUGGUUGGAAGCGACCACCCUGCCAGCAAGGACGUUUCAUAGCACGUGCAUAGGCUCCUCCAUAGCAGCUGGGCACAGUGCCAGAGAAGGGUUCAGGGAUGCUUCUUUUACUGCUAUAGUUGAAACCUUUAUGUUAGAUUACAUUGAUUGGACUAUCCUGUAGUAACUAAAUAUAGGAAAUAGUGCAACUAAUGCUGUACAGGAGUGCCUAUGUCUGAUUAUGCUCCCUGUUACACACAGUCUGUGUGCAGUGGGAUUGAGUUACAUAGCAGUUGUCAAGGCAGCAGGGCAUAGGAUGAGUUUGUGCUCCAAGUCAAGGAUUCAAUUAUUUAGUGAAUGUUCAUAAUGAUGUCUAUAACAGUUUCAUGUAGAUAUCCAAGGAUAUGCACAAAGUCUGAAGCUAGAUGCUACCUGCCUUUGAGAAGAUUCCUCAAAAAAUGUGCAAGCCUAAGCAUGUGAAGCAAUCACUGUAAGUUAACAGGCCUUUUAUUGAUGCAUAUUAUAGUGUACUUUUUUUCUAAAUGUGCCAAAAAAUUUGUCUUUUUGUGUAUUCAGUAAGAGUGUGUGUGUCUGUGUGUGUGUGUGCACUCAAACUUGGUACCUAAGGGCUUUUGGAAAGCUCCUAAAUGCCUUGAAAGAAAAUGCACAUUUUGUUUUGUAGCUGGUUUUCAAAUUUAUUAGAAAAAUCAUGAAUGCCCUGAAAUGAGUGCAGGCUAAAAGAUCUGAACAGAGUACAGGAAUCCCUGUAGUUAUACUUAUGUGCUUACACCAUCCUUAUUCACUUGUAGCCUAGUGUGUGUUAGAGCUGCUUUUUAAAUACUGUACAUGCAACUUGGUGUUCUCUGUGAUGGAACACACAGAUCAAGCUCAUAAGCUGCAAGGCAAAUUGGUUUCAAUGCAUGCCUCCCUUCCUACAUCCCAGAAGAGUUCAUUACAUUGAUUCAAGUGUAAAUUUAGCCAGAAGGAAAAAGAAGUCGUUCAUAGAGAGCAACUCCCAACAGAGAGUUAGAUUCUCAUGGUACUUACAUAGGGCAAGCACCACUGCACUCUACAGAUUUUGCCGGUGAAGCUGGAUAAGCGUGAGUUGAAGUGGUGUGCAGCAAACAGAAGGGUAUCAUAAAGUGUCUUGGAACAUAAGAAAUAAUCAGUCAGCUCACAGUCUUAAUUGUGAAUGUUUUCCUAGGCUCAGUCCUUGAAAGGAAAUAAUUUAGAUUCAACCAGUCCUCCCAUGUUUGUGGUGACAACAGUGAAAGGAAUCCAGGAAAGAAAAACAGUGAUUCCCAGUAAUACGUUAAUUUACCUUGGGGCAGUUUCAGGAUCUGUGGCAUUAACUUGUCCACUAUAUUCUAACUGAAGUAGCACCUUAUUGAGUAUAGUAAUCUUCCCGUAGUUAUCUAUAAAGAUGAUUGUCCACAUAUCAGACAGCUGAAUGUAGCUAUUCAAUUGAUUUAACAAAGUCUAUGAUACAAAAAUGGCAACAACUUUUUAUUAUGUAAUUAUGAAUUAUGCUCUUGUGUAUGCAAACAAUUGUGCCUGACAUUUGGUAACUGUUAUUUCACAGGAUGCUAUAUGUGUGUGUGUGUAUAUAUAUAUAUACAUAUAUACUUUAUAUUUGCAGCUGACAAACCAGUACUACCUGAAUACCUGGUGCUGGAUAUGAAACAAAAAUAUAUAUCAUAUAUAAAAAAAAAAAGAAAUAAAACUAUUUAAGGCAGCUAAUUAUGCUUUUACCAAAACAUUCAUAGUGAUGUCUCUGGACAGCUAAUGAAAGAAUUAUUUUAUAAAGUUUAUACAUGAAGUUUUUUAAAAAAGAAAAAAACCAAACAAACCACACAACAAAAACCAAAAGAUCCCCUAGAAACAUAGGCAAUGGAAUACCAGCACAAGCCAAACAAAACAGACCAGAUGAACUUGCUUUGCCUGAGAAUAUGGUCAUUACUGAAUUAUUACAAAAAGGAGGCAGGAAGGGGAAAUAUGAUGCAAAGCACUUAGUGGUGCCUGAGUUUCCACCAAUAUGUGAAAGCUACUUUGGUUUGUAGUGGUUCGAGCCAUGUUGUGAUGUUGCAGACUUUGUCUCAGGUAAAUCUCCCCAUUGGGGCAGUAGGAUUUGUACUGGUGUAAAAUAAUUUAAUGAGAGUUUCUUGGUGUGUGUUUGUUGUAAAUUUACUAUUAUGUUUCAGUGACAUCUCUUGAUGAUUUUUCUCCUUCUGUACACUGAAGAGUUUAAUAAUUUAAAAAUACAAUUAAAAAAAAAAAGUUAACUGAGUUCCUAAGGUUAUUUCAAGGACUGUCAUCACAUCAUCGGACUUUAAAUGGAAAAAAGAAAAGAAAAAACCCAGAUCACACCUCUAUCCUCCAACUUUCUUUGUAUUGAAGCCUCCAUCCAUUCCAGCUGAUGCCGACUGAUUCCUUAGGAGUUGUGCCAUAUGUUAAAAAUCAAGCAAACUACCAGCAAAGUAAAAAUUCUGCCUCACUGGGCCUUAGUCUUAUCACAGGCUUUGGUAGGAAUAUAGCAAGCCUCUCUUGUGUAUAUAAUAUCCUGCUUUAAAAUUAAGAUGCAACCCAACCUGAAGCUAAUGGGAUUUUGUAUAUAAGGUAUUAUCAGCUGAGUUUAUGUGAAGUGCAUUUCUUACUUUGAAUAAAGAGAUGGCUAUUUUCAAUGCUAUCUACAGCCGCAAUAUAGCUUUAGAGAAAAAAAUUCAACAGAUAUAAAAGAAGGAUCAUGUUAACGAUGGUAUUGCAAUAGAAACUAGUCUUUGCUGUCACCUGCAAUUAUAGCUUAAUCUCAAAUUGAUCUGAAAAUUUUAAAUUAAUAUUUCCUUUAUAUUAGUGUCCUAGCCUUUCUACUCCCAAUUCUCUUUCAUCUUUCAAAUGUAGAUAGCUUUAUAUCCUGAAAGCUGUUUUCAAAGUGAUUGUUGCCCAUAAGGGUAUUCAGUUUUGCACUGUGUUUAAAAAAAAAAAAGUCUAAAAAAAAUCUUUUGCAUUCAGAUGUGCCUAAAGAAACAAACUAACAAAUAUAUAUGCUGCCAUCUUGCAAAUUAGUAUGCUCUGUACUCCUGUGUGCCUAUAAUUAGAAGUCUGUUUCUUCAGAAAGUGCCCAUUGGAAAAUGAAGGGAUAGACUGCUGGUCAUGAGACUUGCAUUAACAAGCCACUUUAUGUAUCACCUUAUUGUAUAUACUAUAAAACAAAUGCUUUUGUGUGCACUAUGUAGCCUGUCAAUUGAAAGUCUUUUAUUUGGUAUAGGCUCAGCUGCCAUAGUGUAUUUGUUGAAGUAUUCUGUUCUUUCAAUGAUGCAUAUAAAAUUAUUGAUGUCUUUGUUUUGGUGUUUUAUUUGUUUGUUUGUUUGUUUUUUGUUUUUUUUUUUCCUCCCUUGUUUUGCACCUAAAAAAGUUCUUUAAAAGUCUAAAUGAAAAAUCUGGUAGGCCAGCUGAUUGGUGCAAGAUUUUUAUCAAUGUAUUUGAUGUUGAAAAUAAAGAAUUAACCAGAA